UCCGACUAGUUUAUUAUACAAAUAUGAGGGCAGGUGUCGGCCUGUCAGGUGACAUGAGUCCCUCUGUCUCUCCAUUCUCUUCCUCAACAACUGACGUUCCUAAACCGUGAACACGACGACGAAACCCUAACCGGCAGCUCGUCUCGCACUGUCGCUCGUGCACCACGCUGAAUCACCGCGGAUCACGGAUCACCACUGCUAUUAUUUCAUUUAAUAGGAGAACCAUUGCCUGUGUAGAAUCACUGAACCAGUGCCUGUGGAGAACCAGUGCUCGUGUAAUCGGGUUUAGGGCUUUGACUCUUGUGGUUGUGCUGAAGUUACUUGUGUUGAAAUUUGAACAGGGAUUUGUUUUCUGGAUCUUCAUUGUCUAUAUUUGAUUUUCUGGUGCCGUCCAAAAAGUUUUAAUGGCCAGUGUGAAGGAUCAGGGCUCAGAUGAGGAUAUCUCAGACAUCAGUGAGUCUGAAAUGGAAGAGUACGAAGUUAAAUCUUAUGAAGAAUUGAAAAAAGGAAAUUACUCUGUGAAAACGUCAGAUGAGACUUUUAGUUGUCCUUACUGUCUGAAGAAGAGAAAGCGGGACUACCUUUAUAAGGAUCUUCUACAGCAUGCUUCUGGUGUAGGCAAGAGUAGUUCACAAAAAAGAAGUGCGAAGGAGAAGGCUCAUCAUCUAGCUUUGGUCAAAUAUUUGGAGAAGGAUCUAGUGAAUGUAGGGGGUCCAUCAGACCCUGUGGCUGUGGUUGAUCCUCUUGAUGGUUGUGGCCACGAUGAGAAGUCUGUGUGGCCUUGGACAGGUAUCAGUGAGUCUGAAAUGGAAGAGUACGAAGCUAAAUCUUAUGAAGAAUUGAAAAAAGGAAAUUACUCCGUGAAAACAUCAUAUGAGACUUUUACUUGUCCUUACUGUCCGAAGAAGAGAAAGCGGGACUACCUUUAUAAGGAUCUUCUACAGCAUGCUUCUGGUGUAGGCAAGAGUAGUUCAAACAAAAGAAGUGCGAAGGAGAAGGCUCAUCAUCUAGCUUUGGUCAAAUAUUUGGAGAAGGAUCUAGCGAAUGGAGGUGGUCCAUCAGACCCUGUGGCUGUGGUUGAUCCUCUUGAUGGUUGUGGCCACGAUGAGAAGUUUGUGUGGCCUUGGACAGGUAUUUUGGUUAACAUUCCAACUAGAAGGGCAGAGGAUGGGAGAUAUGUUGGAGAAAGUGGUUCCAAGUUGAGGGAUGAGUUGACAAAGAGAGGCUUCAACCCAAUAAGAGUUCUUCCACUCUGGAAUUACAGGGGCCAUUCAGGUUGUGCUCUUGUCGAAUUCCACAAGGAUUGGCCUGGGCUACAUAAUGCCAUGUCAUUUGAGAAGGCCUAUGAUGCUGAUCAUCAUGGAAAAAGGGACUGGUAUGCAAAUGGUGCUGAAAAAUCUGGGAUUUAUGCUUGGGUAGCUCGGGCUGAUGAUUACAAUUUGUCGAGCAUUGUUGGAGAGCAAUUGCAAAAAAGUCGAGACCUUAAAUCUAUUUCUGAAACGAUGGAGGAAGAAGAAAGAAAGCAAAAUAGACUUGUAUCCAACCUUACAAACAUUAUUGAGGUCAAGAUGAAGCACAUUGUUGAGAUGCAGUCACGAUUUGAUGAAACUGCAGUCAAUCUCGGCAGACUGAUGGCGGAGAAAGACUUGCUUCAUAAAUCCUACAACGAAGAGGUAAGAAAAAUGCAACUGAGUGCAAGGGAUCACUUUCAGAGGAUUUUUAAUGACCAUGAGAGGCUCAAGAUCCAAUUGGAAUCUCACAAAAAAGAGCUGGAAUCACGUGUUGAAGAAUUGGAAAAACGUGAGGCCCGGAAUGAAAGUGAAAGGAAAAGGCUUUCUGAAGAGAUUGAAAAGAAUGCCAUUAGAAAUAGCUCACUGCAAAGUGCUUCUUUGGAGCAACAGAGGGCAGACGAAAGCGUCUUGAAAUUGUCUGAGGACCAAAAGAGGGAAAAGGAGGUUCUUCAUGAAAAGAUCAUUCGGCUGGAGAAGCAGCUGGAUGCGAAACAAACUCUGGAGUUGGAGAUUGAGCAAAUGAGAGGAAAGUUAAAUGUCAAGAAGCACUUGGCUGAUGGCGAUGUGAAAGUCAUGCAAGAAGUGGAGGAAAUCCUUAAGAACAAGAGAGAAAAGGAAGAGGAGCUUGAAGAUUUAGAUGCAUUGAACCAAACACUAAUUGUAAGGGAACAUGAGAGCAAUGAGGAGCUGCAGGAAGCACGUAAAGAACUAAUUAACGGUUUGAAAGAAAUAUCAACUCGUGGUUAUAUUGGUGUUAAGCGAAUGGGAGAACUUAAUAACAAACCAUUCCACGAAGUGAUGAAAAGAAAAUAUAACCAUGAAGAAGCCGAAGAUAAAGCAUCUGAAUUGUGCUCAUUGUGGGAAGAAUAUCUCAAAGAUCCAGAUUGGCAUCCUUUCAGAGUCAUAACAGUUGGAGGGAAAACUGAGAGGAUAAUUGACAAUGAAGAUGAGAAAUUGAAAGCUCUAAAGAAUGAGUUUGGUGAUGAAGUGUAUAAUGCUGUGACAACUGCUUUAAUUGAGAUAGUUGAAUACAACCCUAGUGCAAAUUACGUAACCUCAGAGUUGUGGAACUUUAAGGAUGGAAGGCGGGCAACUUUGCGGGAGGGAGUUUCAUUUUUAUUGGAGCAGUGGACUUUACCAAAACGCAAGAGGGGAAUAUAUUGAAGGAACCAGAGUGCCAAGUGCUUAAAGAUGGAGCAGAGGUCUUAGAAACUGGAAGACAAGUAACCUGCACAUCAGAUUAUGUAACAAACUGUCAUGUAAUAAUUGUGGUAGAACGCAUCUUCUCUUUGUAAAGUAGUGU